CGGAUCCGUCCCUCCGUGGUCCUGUCUGUCCCGGUACAGCCUAGCCCAGCCCAGCCCAGCCAUGCCGCUGCCCCGCGUCCCGCUGCGCGCCGCGCUCCUGCUCCUGCUCGGCCUCCUCCUGCGAGCCGCCGCCGCCGAGUCGGUGAGAGAAACUGAAACCAUGGAUGCUGGAUGGCUUGACUACCCUGCCUCUGGGGACUUGCCAGACGAUGAAGACAUCGGUGAAUUCAGGCCUUACUUAACCUCUGAUGGGUUGGAUAUAGAUGAGACAUCUGGGUCAGGAGACUACUCAGACUCUGAAGAUGCCAUAUAUCUGACCACCAUGGACACCCCUGUGAUAUCUGACAACUAUAUCCCUGGAGAUACCGGCAGAAAGAUAGAAGGUGAGAAGAAAAACACCAUGGUGGACAAUGAAAUCAUUCCAGACAAAGCUGUACCUGUCGAAGAGAACCUGUCCAACAAGAUCUCCAUGGCAAGCACAGCCAACAGCAGCAUCUUUGAAAGAACAGAAGUCCUUACAGCUCUCAUUGCAGGAGGAGCAGUGGGUCUCCUGUUUGCCAUCUUCCUGAUCCUGCUCYUGGUCUAUCGCAUGAAGAAAAAGGACGAGGGCAGUUACGACCUGGGCAAGAAACCCAUCUACAAGAAAGCCCCCACAAAUGAGUUCUAUGCCUAAAGCUCAGCAGCACCUUGUGCCCAUCAGGGGACAAACAGACUGUAUGGAAACACUGUGCCCUCAGAUGAGAUGUGCUGAACAAAUGCUUUUUUUUUUUCUUUUUUUUUUUUUUUUUUUUUUUUUUUUUUUUUUUUUUUUUUUUGAUUGAAUUCUCAAAGUGACUUUGAGAAAAAACAAACUUCCUUCAUGACCCUUCCCAUCCCACUCAGCUAACAAGGGCCCAAUGAAAUACAAAGAGUCUGAAAAAAAACCUCAGUGUAUUUUUUUUUCUAAGUUAGCGUAAAAAGAAUAAAGAUGCCAAAUUUUCUGCUUGGUUUUAUAGAGGGUAUAUAAACACAAACCAGACUGUAUGGAAGCAAACACCAUGUGUUUGCAUCCAGCGUGCCGUGCUGGGAUUGGCUGCUUCUAUAGAAGAUGGCUUUUUUUUAUAAAUCUUGCUACUAGAUGUCUUGCAGCAGGCUGUUGAUGUGAAGCAUUUUUGUGGAGAACUAUUUAUGAAUCUCUUACACUACAGAUAAUGUUGCCUUAUCAGGGUGUAAAAGGCCCACAAGGGCUCAAUAUCCCUGAAUGCCAUAAAGGGCCGAUGGGAUUGUCUUCCCCAGGAGAAUUCUGUCUCUUCCUGUCGGCCCCAGGCAAGGGUCAUUAGUCCUUGAAAUCGGGACAGCCAGUUGUGUUUGGCUAUGGCAACACCCUUUCCUUGCCUUCAGUCUCUUACCUUUUUUUAAGGAUUGCUUGUAGGGUUUUUUUAUAACAAAAUUUUAAAGGAAAUAGCCUGAUGUUUAUAUAAAGUUUGUAGAAAUUGUUUUGAAAUAAUAAUAAUAAUAAAAAAUCUACUUUUUUAAUUUCCUCAGAUUUAUUUUUUCAAUCCCUUUGUGUUUCCUUUGGCCGGGCAUUUCUCUAGAGAUGCUGUUUUAUAUGAUUCAUAUUCUGAACUGAAGCAGAGUUAGCUACAGAGUGUUACAAGUUUCUUCUAGUUCUAUAGCAGCUACUAUAGAGGGUAAAGAUAUUUAUGGUUUUCUCAUAACUUUUCUAGGAUUUUUUUUAAAAAAAUAGAAUUAUUUAUAGUUUCUGAAAUGGCUGCUUUCUCAUUUGGUAACUUUUAUCCUUUUUAUGUAAAACACUAAUAUAAUGAGUCUCUGUGAAAACUAUUUAAGCUUUAUUCUGUGAAUUGCAAUUAUGAAUUCAAGGCAAUAACUUCUGUAUGCAAAGUUGGAUGCAUAAAUAUGAUUGAAGUAGGGAAAAGACAAGAGUAAUUGCAGGCUGUAAUAUAUUACAAUCAGUCCUAUAAAGCUAUAUAUUAUAUAUUUUACUGAGAUAUAUACRGAUGAGAAUGAGAAGGCUGGAGUUAGCUCUUCAGCAGCCUUAUGGUGUGUAAGAGGCUUUUGAUCUUGUUUGUGCUGCUGUUUGUCCAGUGUUUUGUGUAGAGCAGGGGGGGCUUGUGCUCGGGAUGGCACCUGGGGGCUCUGUGUCCCUUUGUGGUCAGUUUGUGCCGGGUUUGAUCUGCACAGCUGGAGCAGAGAUCCCCACCUGGMAGCAGGAGUUGGCAGCUUGCAGGGAGGAGCUGAUAACUUUGUUUGGGGCAGCAGAGUCCCYUGAGGUGCUGUGCUGAGUCCUGCCUCUGAGGAAAGGCUGGAUGUGGGGUCUGCCCGGUGCCAUCCCUGCUGGAAGCACUGUGCUUUGGAUCCCUGCUGGCUGUGGAUCUUUGUUAACAUCCCCUGUGCACAGCUCCCACCUGCACUGAGCACRGGAUCAACCCCCUGUGUCCAGAGCAAAGGGUGAUGUGUGUCCUGUGCCUCUGUGUCAGGAUGGUGUUACAGAACCAUGAGCAAGCCGGCUCCUUGUGUGGCGCCGAGUCUGGUGUGAUUUGACACAAAAAUCUGAGUGUGGGUCCCCAAACUGAGCACCUGAGCAGGCAGCACAAAACCAGCAAAGGCUGUUUGGAAUUCUCAUGGCUCCUGGAGCCUCCAGAGACUUUGCUGUAGGCUURAGGCCAAAUCCUGAGAGGCGAUUAAAAAAAUAAAGUCAUGCCUUUCUCGGGGUGAGGCAGGAACAUGUGUUGGUGGGAGAGGAGAGGUCCUCCUCCAAGUGACUCACUUGGUCCCUGUGCAAGUGUGUUCGGGGAAACUGGGCUCUGGGAGGCUCUCAAAGCUGCACAGAGUUCACUGGAGGCUGCAAAGGAAAGGGAGGACUGUGCUGCCURUGGACAGCACUACCAGGAAGGCAGGAGCUGUGACUGCUUCUCGGGAUAUUUAGAUUCUCUUGUGUAAUUGCUCUUGGGGAUUUUCCACUGUUACUGGUUUUUAUUUUUUUUUUCUCAAAUAAAUGGUACUUUCUAAAACUGGC